CCGCUCCGCUCCCCUCCCCGCAACUUCUCCCUGGGACUCAGCGCGAUCCCUCGUUUCCCCCUUUGCACGUCGCUCUUGGCUGCGCUACUCGGCUCUCCGGUUUCCUUCAGAGUUUGGGGGGAGGAGAAAGACAGAGAGAGAGAGAGGAGGGUGGGGAAGGGGGAAAGGCAGGCAGGCCGGCCGGCAGAGCUGACUUGCUUGCUUGCGGCCUCCUUCUCCCAGAGAGGCUCCGCGAAAGCGCCCUUCCCAAAGAAGCCGCGGACGCCAAGCCUGCCAGGCCCCUCAGAAAUGGAGCACGCCCCCUACCUCCUCCUCCUCUUCUGUUUCCUGACACUGGCCAGGGACUCUGUCCAACUUGAGGACAACAAGAUCCCCAGCCUGUGCUCUGGGCAGCCUGGAAUCCCAGGGACCCCGGGUAGCCAUGGCAACCAAGGCCUGCCGGGCAGAGAUGGGCGCGACGGGCGCGACGGAGCUCCAGGCAUGCAGGGAGAAAAGGGUGAAGAUGGCCAACCAGGACCUGCCGGCCCCAGAGGAGAAGGCGGCAGCCCUGGAAUAAAUGGGCUUCCGGGAGAGAAGGGCGUGCCAGGAGAGUGUGCAGUGGCGCCCCGCUCAGCCUUUAGUGCCAAGCGCUCUGAGUCACGUAGCCCUCCCCUGGCCGACCAGCCAGUUGUCUUCGACGUGGUGCUGAUCAACGAGCAGGGACACUACGACGGGACCACGGGAAAGUUCCUCUGCGAGAUUCCGGGGCUGUACUACUUUGCCGUCCAUGCCACCGUGUACCGCAUGAGCCUCCAGUUCGACAUUAUGAAGAAUGGGAAGUCAGUGGCCUCCUUCUUCCAGUUCUAUGGCAACUGGCCCAAGCCUACCUCGUUGUCUGGGGGCACCCUGGUGCGGCUGGAGCCAGAGGAUGAAGUCUGGGUGCAGGUCGGGGUGGGAGACUACCUUGGCUUCUACUCCAGUGUCAAGACAGACAGCACCUUCACUGGAUUCCUAGUCUACUCCUAUUGGCAAAACUCUCCCGUCUUUGCCUGACCGACCACGUGCCGCCCUGCCAUUAGCGGAGAACUCCUGGGUUCCUAUUCCUGGCUCCGCCACUGCUGUGGUCAGCGAGGAUAAAUGUGCUCUUCCUUAACGCAAGGAGUGUCACGCUCCUUUAGCUAAUGCCCAUAAAGAGGUUAUAGGUUCCUCCCAUUGUCGAUGGGGGUAGCUGUCCAGCAGAGAAGCUAAGUCACACUUUCCGCAUCCUAGCAAACAGUCUAGUCUUUGAGGAGUAUACAGGCCACCCGUUCCUACAUUGUCCUCAGAAGCAGUCAGAUUGGUAGGGCCAGGGGCUAUUUUCCCAACUUCUCUGCUCCCUACUGAAGAGAGUCCAGAAUAGGGCAGAGGAGAGGGAGGUGGGUUCAAAGCCCCGUUUAUCAGCCGUGACAUCAAUCUAACUUGCUACAAGGCAUUAUUGCACAGGGAAAUAAGAGGAAUUGUGCAAAUGAAAAAUACCACAGAAAUCAUUAUUCGAAACAACAGUAAGAGUUUGAAUGGGUUUUGUUCAACGUUAUGCUCUUAAUGGGGUACCGCAUGCACAGAAGCCUCCCUGCACUCUCUAGCUAUGGUCGCCUGUAGUGGUUGUCAGAAAGUGCCAGGAACCAUUACAGGCAACUGUAGCUCCAGGGUCCUCUUGGGCAACAUUCCCAGCAAGGAACGGGCCAUCACUGCUCACCCCGUUUUGCACCCUCAUUUUUUCUUCUGACCCAAAAAAUGGAAAACACUUCCCUGGCUGUGUAGUUUCCUUGCUUUCUCUGGUAAGGAAAGGCAAAACGUUGCCACAAGGGUGUGUAGACACAGCGCCUCUUUCCUGUCUGGUAGCAUGGGGCAAGAGAAGGGUUGCAAGGAUGCUGUCCAAGUACGCCGUCUGUCUUCGCAGCAUGGCCUCAAAGAAUAUAUAUAUUGGAAAUGGCCCAUAUAUUCCCUUUCAUGCCCCAAGCAGUAGCCCAGCUGAUAUGGAUGCAUGGUGUGCAUUAACCACUAGGGGGCUCCCUCAGCCCAGAGUUAGAAAGUUUGCUGGCCAAGUUAACUCUAGAACGGAUCUUGUUGAUAAGAUUGGUCUCAUGCAUGAGGGUAUUUUCCCCGUACAUUUUGAGUCUGUGAGGUUAUGCUGCCUGUAUGCAAUGGGUGUGUAUAUGUACAUAUUUACUCUGUCUUUCUCAGAACAUUUUAGAAGUCUUUAAAAUAAUGAAAAGA